AUGACUCGACAAUUUUUUCUCCUGCUGGCGCUAAUAUUGCUUUACUUCACGGGGGAGUCGUCACCAGUAAAGGCGGAAGAAGACGAGUGCAUUGGCUGUAGUUGUGGCCAAUUAGUGUCCGAGUCGGCUCUAGUCGACGAUGAUCCGUUAGAUGAUCCGUCAGAUGAUCCGUCAGACGAUCCGUCAGAUGAUUCGUAUAGGUGA